AUGGAUAAUAACACAAUUAAAGCGAAUAGGUCCGCCUUCUCCAUAGACAAUAUUCUGGAGCAUAAAACACAGGCAACAGAAGUGAUCAAAAAACCACAAGCUCAGACGCCAACACAGUCGAGUCCUUGCACAGCCUUUGCGCCGCCAGCUGGCUCCCCUGUUCAGUCUAUAUACGAUCUGUCCGCACAGUAUGCGCUAAAAAAUCUGGAGUCCGGGUCGGGCACUUUGUUAUCUCCGACAACGGUGCGCUUCAAUCCCGUCUACUCAGAUCCCGCCUCGUUGUUCUAUCAGCAGAUGCUAAAUCUACAGAAGAAUUCUUCGCUCUUCAUGCCGCAUUUCCAAGCCGCAGCGGUGGCAGCGGCUGCCGCAGCACAACCAGCCGCCUAUUGUGAUCAAUACAGUCCGUUCCUAGACUGCGAAGGUUUCAGCAAUCCGGCCACCGCAGCUGCUGCUCUCUACUGCAAUGCGGCAUAUCCGGCUGCCAGCUUUUAUAUGUCGAACUUUGGCGUGAAGCGGAAGGGCGGUCAAAUCCGUUUCACGUCGCAACAGACGAAAAAUCUCGAAAAUCGCUUUGCCAGCUCCAAGUACUUGUCGCCCGAGGAGCGCCGGCAUCUGGCGCUGCAACUGAAGCUGACGGAUCGCCAGGUGAAGACCUGGUUUCAGAACAGACGCGCCAAAUGGCGAAGGGCGAAUCAAACGAAGCGGCAAUCGAAUCAAGCCACUGCCACGCCCACGACGAACAGCAGCAGCGCCUACGCGCAGUCUGGGGCGGGGAGAGGGGCGCACAGCGAGGACGAGGAUCGUAUGUACCUCUCAGCGGACGAGGAGGACGACGAGGAUGAUGAGGAGAGCAAUGAAGAAGACGUUGCCCAGCACGUGGCAACGUGA